GGCACGGCAGUGUAUCAUGUGUUUUUUCGACGCCCUCGGAUUCGCGUUUUUGUGUGGAUUCUAUUUGUCUCCCUUCUUUCUAGUGCGUAAAGAAACCAAAUUAAUCUCACAAAAAUGCCCGCCGAGCAGGUUGCAACUCAACAACAAACAGCGCUUCUUGAGGUAAGUAUCAGUAUGCUAGAAACACAGAUGAAAGACGAAACAUAAAACAUCAAGAUGGCGAACAAGAACUACAGUGCUCGGAUCACAGCGGUGUUGUGCCUCGACACCAGCACAAGGGGCGAAAGUACAGAUUUUGUCUUGCAUGAGUGGCGCAAUCCCGAUGCAGUAUCAUUUCCUUGGACCAACGCGCAUACCCAAGCCUACAAGGGCGUUUUUUUGGCGUCAAUGCAGCUCUCGCGGGAAACGUUCGGCCCUGGAGGUUCUGCGUACACAACAUUGCACUUGGAUGUGGACGAUGUUGAGGGCGGGUCUGAGGCACAGCAGAAUACGCCACCUAGAACAGCGGCGGAAGUCACAGCGCAUUUGAUUAAACGCCCAUGGGUGCCCCGAGUGGCGCUCUGCAUAGUUGAGGCCAGUACAGCUUCUGGCAUCAGUGACGCGAAGAUGAACGGGUCAAACGAUAGGGAACCUCAGUCCGCUGAGUUGAAUGACGACGCUGUUGAUACGAUUCUCGAGCGCGCCGCUGAGCGCCUGUCGAGCGCGGAGGACCGAAUUUCCAAGCCGAGCAGUGGAGUCCCGCGAACGAAAGUGGUGGAAGCAAGAGCUUCAGAUGCGGGGCGAGGCCUGCAGCACGCCAAUAUUAAAUCCGCGAGCUCGGUGGGUACAACAGGUGAUUUUAGUGCGAUUGUUAAAGAGAAUGUAACGUUCGGCACUGCGGGAAAUCACACUACAAACGAUGACCACAACGAUGACCUCACAUUGCUUAUACGAGAGCAGCUGCCUGCUCUACUUUUGGUGGCUGCUUCAUCCCGAAGCUAUAACGGAGCGCAGGGGCCGCGCUUCUCUGGAGCAGCUUUGCCAGAUAACAAAGCAAUAGAAAAAACCAAACCGCCCAUUGUUCUUGACGCAGACGGAUUCGCAGUUAGUAUGUUGGAAAUUAGCGAAGACACGUGCCCUCCUGAAUAUCGACGCCUGUUUUUCGGGGAAGAGGAGUCAGAUUCACUGCUGCCGAUCCCUUGUGGCCAAGAUCAUUACAACUCGAGCGACGACGAGGACUACAGUGGUUUUGUUUUGCGCAACGUUCCGCUGCUUGGUCUGGUCCGAUUUCCGCUGGCAGACGAUUCCUCAACCACUUGCAGUUCCAGUUCCUCGCCUGAGAAAGAGACAGAGGGAAAGCAUACGGUAGCUGUGAAAACGCGAGCAGCUGAACUGGUGGUAAAAAAGAAGAAGGGCGAGCAGGAGAGCCCACCGCCAAAGCCGAAGUUGAGCCGGCGAGGCAGUAUCCUGAAAAAGGAGCCACCGAAGCCAAAGCCAGGCUGGGGAGAGCAACAGAAAACAACAACAGGUCAAGAUGCUGCUCUAUUUGGCUUCUCAGACGCGACGAAGGACAAAGUAGAAACUUUUCCUUUCCCCGAUACCCAGCCUGCUGUCGUGGCCAAAAAAACACGAAAGAACUUCGGGUUUGGAGAGGGUUUUCUGUUUGGGGAUACCACGGGCAAAGGGCAUUCGGGUGGAGAGGGCAGAAGCAGAGACGAAGAGCAGGAUGACCCCAUAAUUUCCAGCGGUUCCGCUUCCGCUGAAGGAAGUUUCGAUAUGAAAAGAACACUCUCGUUCAACGUUCGGUCAGCUUUCUUUGGAGACGAUCAGAGGUAGUUUGCAUCUCCAUUUUUUUGUACGCACUGAAGCAAAUACAAAUAGCGACUUCACCGCAGCCACUGCCAA